UAUUCUAUUUUUCUUAUUUCGAUUUCCGCUUCUCUUUUUUGCAGGAAAAGGUCUUCGCAAUGGCGAACGAGAUCUACUUCUGAGUCGACUUGCACUAGAAGUUCGACUGCGGCUACGGCUACGACUGCGGCUGCGGCUACGACUACGACUUCGGCUUCGGCUACGACUGCGGCUGCGGCUACGACUUCGGCUCCGAGUUCGGCUUCGACUUCGACUACGGGAACGACUAGGGCUGCGAGUCCUGCUUCGGCUUCUACUUCUCGAAACGGAUCGCGAGCGCGUUCGUCGCUGAAGAAUAUCUUGUGGACGACAAUUAUUCUAAUGUUUCCCUGUUUUCCAGCUCACCGCGGCUUGUAACCAUCAUUACUGCGACUUGGACUUCUGCUUCGGGAUCUUCGCCGAUACCUGUCACGUGAACGACUCCAGCUUCUGGAGCUUGAACGUGGUCUUCGAGACCGCGACCUCGACCUGGAACGUCGAUCCCUUCAAAGUCAUAUCAGAGUGGACUACUUGAAACGCAAUCAUUUCGCCCUCGUCCUCGGGAACGAUAGGGUGAGAUCCUUACCGGUGCUUUAGGCGGGCGCGUUGAUCGCGCCUUGGCCAUAAUCUCGUCGUCCGUAACUGGGCUGGCGCUUGGUAAAUUUGGUCGUCGCCGUUUUCUUGACUGCUUUUCCUUCGACCCUGUUUUGGAUAUAACGGCGGAUGAUCCUUCGACAACUUUCGUCAGUCUUGCGAGCUUCGCAUUAUACUUUGGUUGAGCAGCGGCCGUUAACUCUUCCACUAUUUCUUUUUCCAGUUCGCCAUCACUGAUAGGCUCAGGGACAGGGCUUUUGGGGAGGACAGCCGCUGAUUUGGUCUGCUUAGAAGGCGGUGGUGGGGCACAUGGUCCAAAAGUUGAUUCUUUUUCGUCCUCAUCAGCCGAUAUAUCCAUCAUACUUCCAGGUUUAAUGUAGUCGCAAUGUUUUGAUUCCGCAUCCGAUGCAUUACCACCGUCACUCUUUGGUUGAUUUUGAUUGGCGAAAAUUUCUCCCAAGGCAGAUUUCACUUUCAAGUUUCGGGGGAUAAAAUCUCCUCGACCCUUCUCGGCUAUCACCUUGUUAAGAACGACAGAUUCUCGCUUCUCUAUAGGUGGCGGUUCGUCGUCGUCAGCAUCCUUCUUCACAGUUUUCGAUAAGGGAAAAGCUUUUGAUGGGCGUGGCCUGCCUAGCGGAGGAGCGACAGGAAUAGCAGAUAAAUCAAGCUUUUCUCCAAUUUUACUAGAAAUAUUGAUCUUCAGCUUUGCUUCCUUCAUAACCGUGCGGAAAUCCGCUCCAACUGGUAAAUCGUCCUCAUCGGAAAUCUCAUGAAGAGAACUCCGAUCGGGAAUUGGACGAAGUGGAGACAAUGGCAACGCUCCGGACUUCUUCUCGGGUAACACCUCCUUUGGCGGUUCCGAGUUCACAGCAGGUGCUGGUGAUAGGUUUACACUUCGAGAGAGAGAUCUUGACUUCUCUCUUUCUGACUUCCCCGAUCGACUCCUGGUUCUCGACCGACUUCUUGAUCUUUUCCGAUGUUUCUUAUGGGAACGGGUACGCGAGCCACUACGGUGGUGCUUCGAGCGAUGUUUCUUCUUUUUCUUGGACUUUUUAUGCUUAUGUUCCUUUGACUUCUUCUUAG